AUGGAAUUAACCAAAAUGUCAGACAUGACAAAGCUCCAUCAAGCUGUGGCCAUGGGGGACUACAAUUCAGUGAAAAAGAUUUUGAAGAAAGGUCUCUGUGAUCCAAAUUACAAGGAUGUGGACUGGAAUGACCGGACUCCCCUUCACUGGGCUGCAAUCAAAGGGCAGAUGGAGGUCGUGCAUCUCCUGGUAGAACACGGAGCCAGGCCCUGCCUGGUGACUGAUGUGGGCUGGACCCCAGCUCACUUUGCGGCUGAGUCUGGCCACCUGAACGUGCUCAAAACUCUGCAUGCCUUGCACGCGGCUAUCGACGCCCCUGACUUCUUCGGAGACACCCCCAAGAGGAUCGCAGAGAUCUAUGGGCAGAAAACUUGUGUGGCAUUCCUGGAGAAGGCAGAGGUUGAAUGCAGGGACCACCGACACACGGCCCAGCAGAAGGGACUGCAGCUAGAUCAGCGGGACGGAGACUGGGAUGCCAAGAGAAAGGAGCUGGAGCGAGCUCUCCCUUCCUCAAAUCAAAGCACAAAUAAGAUAAAGAAUCAGAAACGUCAAGGCCCUGCCAGAUUCAGCAAGCAUAAGGGGAGGAGAGUGUGA